GAGAACGAGAAGAGAAUGACGUCACUGACGCCAUUCCCGUGCUCCCUCGAACGCACUGCUGCUUCUGCUCUUCUCCUCCUCUCCGCCCGGCCUCCCUCUCUCUCUCCUCCGCUGCCUUGCGAGGACGUCGCCGUCGACCCGAUCAAAGAAGGGAGCGCUGGCUCCGGCUCGACGCUGAGCUUGGAUUCGGCCGAUUCCAAGUCGUGCUUGUCGUCAAAGACCAGCGACGUCUCGCCCGAGGGCUUUCAGGCGCGCCAGCUGCGGAUCAUCGCCGUCGCCGCUCGUUUCCAUGAGUUCAAGCUCCAGGUAGCCCGAAGAGCUCGCUCGAAGAUCAUCAAGAUCUCUGAUGACUGGAAGUCCAACACCUGCAAGACUGUGUCGACGUCUUCAUCUGAAUUUGAAUCGACAAAGGCGGCUUCAGGUAUAACUAGCACGUCCAGCGAAGGUUCAAGCGCUCAAAAUUUUGGAGUCCAAAAAUUCAAGAAGAAGCGUGAGGAGGCUCAUUGUGAAGUGCUCAGUCGGAAGCGACCAGGUGCAACACACAUGCGCCGUCGAGCUGAUGCCAUCCUGAACUUCCUCUCUGAAGGUUGUGCCUCUGAAGUGAAGAUCCGUCAAGUUCUUGGUGACAGCCCUGACACCAGCAAGGCUCUCAGAAUGUUGCUUAAGCUAGAUGAAGUCAAAAGAUCAGGUACAGGAGGAAGGCACCACCCCUAUAUUUACGAGGUCAUGCGAAGGGAGUAGCGGAAAGGUAUAGCAGGUUAGACUGCGUAGCAGGAUGACAUAUAGUAUAUUUCCUCUGACAUGAGACCCAGUAAAUAUCCUAUCAAUAAAGAGAUAUUCAUCCUCCUGUAUAUAGAACUGGACCAUAGGCGGCAAAAUUAAUUUGGUGACAGACUUCAGAGCUAUUCAUUUUAUGUGCUUGUCUCAUUUUGGGAUGAUGUUAGAGCUGGAGAAUAAGUUGAAUUGGUAGCAGAAGUAUUAGUUCAUCUGAUAGUUACAUUCAUAUAUUGGACACUCAACCAGUGGGAACAGCAGUGCUGAUUUAACGUCCACAUUUGUUGGAUAGUUCUGUCAAACUAAGCACUCUUCAUUGUGCAAUUAAGAAAGAGGUCAGUAUCCUAGCGGCCAAUGAAAUAGCAGAUUGUUUCGUACUUUCUGUUGUGAUGCGAGGUGUUGAAGCAAUACGAUUUGAAAAUUACCUACUUUGGUUUCCAAAUGCAUGCCAUUCCUGUCCAGAUAAUGUACAAUUAAGAGUCUGAUAUACCUACAUUAGACUGCUUCGCCAAUACUGUGCUUCAUUCUAGAGGACCGUCACAGAACCAUUCUCGUGUAGAAACACCACUCUUGUGGAAAGAUCUGCAGUGAUACCUAGUUAAUUUCCCCUCGAAAAUACUCAGCUGCAAUAGCGUUUGUCAUGAAAGUUCGAUCCCAUUCUACGUCUCUCCUCCUCCGCAAAGCUCCUCCAGGAAUUCAUGGUUACGGAAUUCCUCUGGUCAAAGGUUCUGUUCCAUCGUCUUGAUAAGAAAUUGAAUAUAUGUUCAUUCGGCAAAAGAAACGUUUGAGAAAUGUAAUGCAAUGUUGGGUGAGUAUUCUUUUACAGUUAGCCACCGGUCUACGUCUAGUUUUCGAAGCAAAGCAUGCGAGCUUUUGGGACAUUGGCCUCUUGCCGUCGUUAAUGGAUAGAUUUUCUAAGUCUUGUUUCUUUUGAGUGAAUCCUAAUCUGUCCUCCUUUGCUUCAUGGCUCUAGGUUAUCUGAUUAUUCUGGUCUUAGGAAGUUAAGACGUAGCGUAGUCAACUGGCAAACAAUCGCAGUCUUUUAAAGCAAGCCGACCGCGUCAAGCAAAUGGAUCGAUGCAAUCACGACUCCAGACCUCCCCAUUCCCAUCGUCCUUCACUUAAUUUGUCCAUGCUUCAUUCGAAAUUGUGUUUCGUCCACAACAAAAAGGGAACAAAUUGAUAAGAGUUUAAGAAAAAAGUUGCUGAUGAGGUAUAUUGAUUUUCCUAUUAGAGAAUAUUGUUAGAGAUAUUAUUAGAUAUUAAUAAUAUUAUUUGUUAUUUUAUUUAUUAUCUAAGAUAGCUAAUUCCCUUGCAUGUGGAUAUUGUACGGGUAUAAAUACCUUUAUCUAAAAAAGUAAAGUGAAUCCAAUUGGCUAAGAUGUAGUCAUUAUUAUCUUCUCUGUCUCACUCCUCUUAAAGAUCUUAGAAUAUUUAUAUUUGCUUGCUAAUUUUAUGUUAGUAAAUAUCGAGAAAAGAGGACUACAAUUUAAAUGUCGAAAUUAAUUGAACAUUUUUUAAU